UGUUUGUACUGUUUGCAGUUGUAACCUCUUGAACAAGUUGGGUUUUGUAAUUGAGGUCUGGAAUUACAACAAAUUUUUUUAAAUACCUUGUAAAAAAGAUAUCAAUAUGUUCUCAAAUAAUAAACUAAUUGAUGAACUUCCUGUACUUUAUUUAUUAUAACCUUAAAAUAAACAAAAAUAUGCAAAAAAUUUCUAACCUUCUUUAGCCCUUCUAGCAGUCUCUUCAGUUACACGAAGAAUAAUCUUUUCCACCAUGAAAAAAAGAUACCAUGCAAACAGCUGACGCGGAACGAUUUCACAGUAACAGUAAUUUCGAACGCGGACCGGACUGCUGUACCGCUGCUGGCGUUCCCUCCGGAACACACCCUGGACCAUGUUUAUCUAAAAUGGUGACUGCUGUGCCAUCACGAUUUGCUGUUCUUAGUAUUGAUGAUGAUGAUUACAAACCAAUAAAGGUACAAAAGACUUUAAAUACAAAAACUAAUUCAAAAAACAAAGAAGACAAAGUAAAACAACUGAAGAAAGAUGAUAAAAAGAAACAGAAUAAAGGGAAGAAAAAAAAGACAAUUAUAGAUGGUCAACAAUGGGAACAAUGGAAACAAAAAGACGCCAUGGCUGUUGAAGAAACUUAUGAACAACAACUGCAUGAGGCUAUAUUACAGUCUAAAUUGUCUUUUCAAGAAGAACAAAUGGAAGUUCACUCAAAACCAGAACAUAUUCAAGAUAAUUUAAAAAAAGCAACAUCUAAGAAGUCAAAGAAGUCAACUAUGUCAUUAGAUGAAUUUAAUAAGUUGAAUAAUGCAACAGCGCCAAAUAUAGAACCUACAAUCGAAAAAAAAAUUUCAACCCCUAUAGAUACUAGAUUUUUUGAAACAAUUGAAAAAGAAACAAGUCAAGAGCUUAUCAAAGAAAAAGAAAAGGCUGCUUUGAAGGAAAGAUUGAAUCGAUUGGAUGAUAAUAUAACAUCUGCUCAAUUAAGAGCCGAAAUUGAAAAACGUGAUGAUAUUAUCAAUGAACUUAAAAGUGAAGUAGAAAUUUUGAAACAGGAAUUGAAUAAUGUUAAACAUAGAAAUAAAAAACUUUAUCAAAUUCUUCAUCAAGGUGAAAUGAAAGAUAAAGCGACAGUUUUAGCUGAGGUAACUAAAUUACAAGAAAUUCGUGACGAACUUACAUCAGAAGUUACAUUACUGCAUGCACAAUUAGAACAAGAAAGAUCUAAACCUCGGGCAUCCAGCAUUGAUGUUAAAACAAGCAAACAAAUUGAAUUGUUUGUGCAUUAUUUGUCUCAAGAAGCCCAUCAAAAGUCCAAUAAAGCUAAUAAUUUGGAGUACAAACAUUUAGCAGAUAAAAACUACAAAGGAUCUCAUGGUCAAUCACCUUUGCAUCUAGCUGCAGCUUAUGGACAUCAUGAUGUUGUAAAGUUGCUCUUGAAUUAUGGUGCUGAUCCUAAUGCAAGUGAAGAUGAGAGAAACACACCUUUGAUUUAUGGAGCGCAAGGUGAUCAUCCAGAUGUUUGUUAUGAACUUUUGACAAGAGGUGCGGAUAUAACAAUGACUAAUGCCAAUGGACUUAAUGCUUACAAAGCAGCUAUACUCAAAAAUGCAUCAACAGCUAAAUCAGUAAUUAAAAAUUGUCUUGUACACAAAAUUGUAAACUUAUCACCAGAUAUAUUUUAGUAAUAAAUAAUGUAAAUACACAUAGUAAUCUUACUUCAAUUGAACCAAUA